GAAUAUUGCAUUGUUUCCAUCAGAUAACAUCAUCAAUAUUCAUCACCUUUUAAAGACUGUCAGAAAAUGUUGUGCAGAACAGAUUUAAUAACUCCAGAGAAUUCCAGUGAAAUAUUUCUUCUCAACUGAGAACAUUUCUCUUCUGAAAUGUUUGGAAUGACUACAGGAUUAUUUUGUUCUGAAGUUAAACUUGGAUAAUUUUAAAAGGAAUCUCAGAGUAUUUUCAGAUAUCAAAAAGGGUUACAGUUGAUGGAAAGAGAGCAAUAGCAAUACUUGUUAGGAAUAAGUUGUAGGACAAGAACCAAAACUGUAUCCACUUACAUUGUGGUGGUUGAAGUAAGAUAAGAGACAGACGGACUAUUUAAGUUAGUUGAAGAAUAUGUUUUUAUUCAGAAGAGAUGUCACAAGAGAAACCACAAUCAGUAUAUCAGUGUGAUAUCUGUAAAAAGUCUUUAACUGAGAAAGAUAAUCUAAAUAAUCACAGAUCUAUACAUUAGGGUGGAGCAAAAAACGCAACUUUUGAAAUUAGUAACCAAGAAUUGAUAUUUUGUAGCGAAUUAGGGUCUAUAAAGGUGUAUAAAGAACUUUUCAGUUAAAUAUUUUUUCUGUCUCUGCAACACAAUUGAAAAUUUUAAAAACUGAUAUUUUUGGUCGAAUUUUGGAUUUCGUGAAUUAUAAGUCAUAACGAGUACAUAUUUCUACAUAGCAGAAUGCAAAACAGUGAUUCUUGUAUCCUUAAAAGGUUGCAUACCAAGUUUCAGUACAAUCGAUUAAUAGCUUGAGGUUCCGCAUUGACUAUAAAUAGAACGGGAGUGUGAACUUCUCUCCAGUGCCACUGCAAUGGUCAUUGCAUGUGGACGUAUGUUGUACGUGUGUGAAGUUUUCUGCUUUGUACCUUGACUUUAGGCCAUUGUAUUAAAAUUAAUGAUCUUAUUAAAUUUAGUGUUGUUUACAUUUAGUGAUGACCCAUAAGCCAAUAAUGCGUUAUGAAUGCCCAAUAUUUGGUACUCCGUCUGAUCUUAGUGACCGAGUUUUGCCAACUUACAAGGAUGUACUAAAAUGUGUUUUAUUUGAACGAGAAAAAGAAAAGAAUGUUAUUAAGAAAGAUCCUUCAAUUAAACAAAUUGUCAAGAUUGUAGCUGAAAAGAUAAUCCUUCUUUGGCAAAAGGCAUCCAUCCCUUGUGUUACGAUUCAGUCAGUUAAACCGAAAAUCUUAAACUUUUAUCUAAAGUACCAAGGAUUACUAAAGUCUGUGAAAAAUAGAAAAAAUGUGCCAUCGUUUCAGACAAAGUGUAAUGUGUUUAAAAACAAUGCAACAAAAGAUUUAUUUGACAUUUCCUGUUGCAAGUGCAGCUCCUUUGAAAACUGCAGCUGUAGUCGGGACAAAAAAGUACCGCAGAGAGAACAAGAUUUUUUACAGGAUCAGCGGACAAAUCGAAAACUGAUCAUUAGUGGAAUAGAUAAAGCAGUAUCUAAACAGAACAUUCAGAGGCUGAUAGCAUUUUCAUCAAGCAGUGAAUCGGGAAAUGGAUCAGCAGGUGAAGAUGAAAAUUUUCCAAUUUCAUUUUCCAUGAAACGAAAAGACGUCAGCAAAAAUCUAAGUUCAAAUACACCAAUAAAACAAAUGAAAUUCCCAGAACUAGCUUCUUCCUGUAAUGCCACCAGUGUAUCAGACCAUGCUGCAGGUCUUCUUACAAGUUCGAUCACCAGUGACUUAACGGCAAAUACAUCUGGUGAAUGUUCUUUCAGCUAAUUGUGAACACAUUGACACAAACUUUCAUUAUGUAAGCAACAAUUAAUUUCGUGUUAGAUGGAUUCUCGGUGGCAACACAAGAUACAAGAGAAAAAAUUCCAGUGUUUGAGACAAAAAAAAAAAGACUUCGUAUUGAAAGGUAAUACAGCAACGAUCAAUUAGAAUUGUUUAGUUUUUGCUAUUUUGAACUUAACAAAAAAUUAGCAUUAUGCCGUUUUAGGAAUUUCAAAAACAACAAAUCUUUGUUCCGUUCUUUAUUUGAGAGUGAGAUGCUAAUUCUUAUCUAUGAAAAAUAUUAAUUAGCUUUAUUACCGGAAUGAAAAAGAAUUCACUGCACUGAUUCGUAUUAUUGAAAUAUUUCAAACAAAUUGGAAAAGUUAAUUAUUUUUAUCACCAAAAUGUGUCAAGACUCAAAAAUUGGUUUACACGUCAUUUUAUAUGAGUGUGUAAUCUAGAUCCCUUGUAACACACAUAAUCAGUGACCUAGUAUAAAAAAUGAUAAAGAAAGCUAAGUCAUAAGGUCCAUUUAUUUCACAUAAUUUCGAAAUUUCAAGUGCAUUGUGGGAACAUUUUGUUUUUAUGCAAAUAUUUUGCUUUCGCUUUGCUCUUUUUAUAAUCACUGCUUGUUUGUGUGGACUUUCAGUCUGCAGAGAGAUAGUGUAGUGAGACACAAAGGAACUAUUUUGUUGCUGUGAGUAUAUUCAGUUGUGCUUUCGCAAAUGCCAGCCAAUCAACACUGGCGAUGUCAUACAAGAGUAAAAUGUUGUUGGCACUCCGUCGCUUACGACGUCGAGGGUUCCAGUUGAUCCGAUCAACGGAACAGCCUACUUGUGAAAUUAACGUGCAAGUGGCUGAGCACUCCACAGACACGUGUACCCUUAACGUAGUUCUAGGGGGUAUUCAGCGUGACACAGAGUGUGACAAGGCUGACCCUUUGAAUUAUAGGCACAACAGAAACAGGAAGUGAGAGUGAGAGAAAGUUGUGGUGGAAGUAGUACAGCAGGGUUCGCCACCAUCCCCUGCCUCAUGGAACUUUAGGUGUUUUCGCUCAAUAAACACUCACAACGCCCGGUCUGGGAAUCGAAACCGCGAGUCCGCUGCCCUAACCACUGGGCCAUUGCGCCUCCACUACAAGAGUAAAAUGCACGUCUAUCAAAGAGCAAAGUUUAGUUGCUGCUUUGACGCUGAAAAAGCAACAUUGUCUGCUACGAUGUGGCAUCUGUUUUUAAGUUCACCACCAGCAUAGCCUCCGGUGGGUUUGACAGCCCUAGGGGCUAAUUCAAACUUUCUUCGGUGAGACUGUAAUUGUGUUGACAAUCAUCAUUGUGAAACCUAAUUCAUUUAUUAUUAUUCUGUGGCGUAAAAACCAUCAAAACUAACAUGUACAGUAAGUCAUGCGAAUCUCUUCAUGUCUCGUUACACAGUUCUAAGUCAGUGAUGUUCUUCAUUGUUUUACAUUCACACACUCCUAAAUAAAUAACUAUAUAUUUUUUAACAAAAUAUAUACCGUCUGAUACUUAUUCCAUAUACACACUUUUCAACUUCGUACCAUGUCUUUCAACGCUAAACUUUCAUCUGGAGUUGUGCCAAAUAUUCUACAGCCAGCUGUAAUAAGAACCUCAAGACAUCUACAAACAGUCAUCAUGGAUGUUCUUUAUUGUUUUCACCAGAAAAAACAUCCAUUAAACGCACCUGCAUAUUUGAAUGUAGAAAUAUAAAUCUACAACAAUAUGUGUCCCACUUGGAGAGGACCCAGUCAACUGCAGACUUUCUACUGGUCAGUAGAAAAUAUAUCGGCUUUGCAUAUUCUUCUAGAGAUGUAAACAGAAGUCUGUAAUAUCUAAGACAAGAAACUGAACCAUAAUAGAUUACGUCUUUUAAGAAUUCCUCAAGAAUUAAUAUGGACAACGUUGAUCACUUGGACACUUGUAACACAAAUGCUUUUAAUAAUAUAGGUACAAUUAAAGAGACGGACCGAGAUGAAAAAGCCAAAGAGAAAAAUGCUCUUGAAUAUCCCUGUGAGAUUUGUAAUAAGACCUUCUCUUCAGAACGUAAAGUCUUCAAACACAAAGAAAUACACAGAAAAGAGAAACCAUUUCAUUGUGAAAUAUGUGGAAAAUAUUUUGUUAGCAAAAGAAAAUUAAGAACACAUAAAAGGAUCCACAGUGGAGUAAGACCCCAUCAUUGUGAAAUAUGUGGGAAGUCCUUUCUCUGUAGGGGUCAGUUAAAAAUACACAAAAGCAUACACACAGGAGACAAACCCUUCCAGUGUGAAUUGUGUGGAAAGCAUUUUGUCUCUAAGAGUAAUUUAACAGCACACCAUAGAAUCCACACUGGAGAAAAACCUUAUCACUGUGAGACAUGUGGGAAAUCUUUUCUUUCCAACAGUGACUUAACAAGACAUAACCGUACCCACACUGGAGAAAAGCCCUAUUGUUGUCAGAUUUGUGGUAAACCAUUCAUUAAUAAAUCACUUCUUGUGGUUCAUAGACGAAGUCACACAGGAGAAAAGUUGUAUAAAUGUGAAGUAUGUCUGAGGUCUUUUGUGUCUAACGGUGUGUUAACUGCACAUGUUAGAAUCCACACUGGAGAGAAACCUUAUCGCUGUGAGAUAUGUGAAAAGUCUUUUAUUACCAACAGUUCUUUAAAUGGCCAUAGAAGGACACACACUGGAGAAAAACUGUUUCACUGUGAAAUUUGUGGGAAAGCUUUCAUUUAUAAUUCACGUCUUAUCAAUCACAAACGAAGUCACACUGGGGAGAAACCAUAUCAUUGUGAGAUAUGCGGGAAGUCGUUUGUCAGCAAUGGUGCUGUUACCAGACACAUGAGAAUACACACUGGAGAGAAACCAUUCCAUUGUGAAACAUGUGGGAAAAAUUUUGUGUAUAGGCGUUCAUUGAUAAGUCACAAGAAAAAACACACUGGAGAAAAAACUUUAUUGCUGUGACAUUUGUGGGAAAGCAUUUAUCAAGACACUGCAGUCUUCAAAACUUCCAUGUUUCUUGAAAUUCGCCAACAGUACACCUGAUGGCUUUUUUUGUUUUUUAGUUGUAAUGCACCUGAGAAAUGUGUACAACAAUUUCUUUCAUAUCUGUAAACAAUAAAAAUGAAUGAAUCUUAAAUGUUUUGACAGAGCUAUUCCGAAACCUUCCAGAAUAUUGUGGAGUAACAAUAAAAAGAAUUGCAUUAGUUUGAACUGAAAUUUUUGAAAUAAAUCCUUUGAAAUUUA